UGACUGAAAGCAGACUAAGCUCUGUCUCUCUUUAUCUCUCUACUGUAUGGAGAGUGUAGAGAGAGAAGGGAAGAUACACAUAUGUGGGGGUGAUUAAGCAAAGACCAUCUUGUCAUUGUUAGGGUUUUCUUUGAACUUUAAAGCAGAAUAAAAGAAAAACCCAUUAAAGAAACUGGGAAAAGCUAUUCCCCGGGACAUACCGACAUAGGAGAAGAAGAUUGAAGAGGGUAUAAAAGAGAAGAGAGCGCAAUGUUGGUAUCCAUUUGAACCCGAAUCAGAGGAUCCGAUUAAGCCAGCCCAAGAUCUCAGAAAAUUGACGUCUCGGGCACGCUUCGAUUUCAAUGAUCUCUCUCGCAUUUGCUCCAUAUUUUCUGACACACUAGGGUUUUUGAAAAUUUGUUUUCAGGACCUGUGCCUUCAUUUCGUUGAAAUUACAUCUUGAUUUAUGAAUGAAGCAGAGAAGAGGUAGUGUACCUACUACCUAGAGUUGGGGAAGAUGAAGUCUGGCACGGCACUUGAUUAUGCCGUGUUCCAAUUGUCGCCAAAGCGCUCACGAUGUGAGUUGUUUGUCUCGGGUGAUGGAAACACCGAGAAGCUUGCAUCGGGAUUAGUAAAGCCAUUUGUGACCCAUUUAAAGGUUGCAGAAGAGCAGGUUGCACUUGCAGUUCAGACAAUUAAGCUUGAAGUUGAGAGUCGUAAAAAUUCUGAGACAUGGUUCACAAAGGGAACACUUGAAAGGUUUGUGCGGUUUGUUAGUACACCAGAGGUCUUGGAACUGGUGAACACGUUGGAUCAAGAGAUGUCUCAGUUGGAAGCUGCCCAGAGAAUAUAUUCUCAAGGUGCAGGAGAUCAACUUUCUGGUGCGUUAGGUGGGGAUGGAACAGGAACCUCAGGAGCAGCGGAUGCAACAAAAAAGGAGCUUUUGAGGGCUAUUGAUGUACGGCUUGUGGCGGUUCAGCAGGACCUGGCUACUGCAUGUGCUCGUGCAUCAGCUGCUGGUUUUCACCCAAUCUCAGUGUCUGAACUCCAACUUUUUGCAGAUCAGUUUGGUGCCCAUCGCUUGAACGAAGCUUGCACCAAAUUCAUUUCACUGUGCCAGAGGAGACCGGACCUAAUCAGCUCAUGGAAGCCAGUUGUCGAGGAUCGAGCCGUCAGAUCGUCGACGGGGUCCGACAUGUCAAUCGAUGACCCCACGGAAGACACAACUGGGUCCCACCAUCAACCCCCAAAUAAACAGGUCCACCACCCAGCUGGUCAAGACCAACAGAAACAAAAACAAACGUACCACCUUAACCAAUCGCAGCCUCCCACGUUUCAGCAGCCCAAGUCCCUCGCCUCCAGCACCACCUUCCCUGCCCGAGGCGAUUUCAACGAGAAAAACGAACCCAGGGAGGAACAGACCCAGCCAGAGCCCAAGGCGCAGAACGACAAGAAAGACGAGGCUCCGCCCGAGUCAUCUUCCUUUGCGGCGUCUCAACCCUCCCGGCGGCUCAGCGUGCAGGACCGUAUCAACCUCUUCGAAAACAAGCAGAAAGAGAACUCUGGCGGCAAACCCAUUGUAGGGAAGCCUGUGGAGCUGAGGAGGCUCUCGUCCGACGUGUCGUCUGGCCCUGCUGCCGUCGAGAAGGCCGUGUUGAGAAGAUGGAGCGGUGCGAGCGACAUGAGCAUUGAUUUGAGUGGGGAGAAGAAGGAUGUAGAGAGCCCUUUGUGUACGCCUUCGUCUGCAUCUUCUUUUUUGCAUUCGCAAGAUAAUUCCGAUAAUAUAUUCUCUGGUUCAUGCAAUGAUAAGGACCGCAAGGGGUUGAACGACACUCAGAGCACAUUUAAGGUUGAUGCAAAGAGUAGUUCCGAUGGGGAUGGUGAUGCCGUGUUGAAAAAUCAAGCUGACGUGAAGAGCCAGAUCAGGGGGGUUUUGGGUAAAGAAGAAGAGGUGGGAUUACAGGGGCGGACGAAUUGGAAAGAUCAAGCUGGGGUGAUUGGUCAAACCCAAUUCAGAGCUUUUACUACUAAAGCAGAGCCGGCUGGGGUGAGCGACCAGGGGGUUUCCAAGGAGAAGGUGAAGAUUUCUUUGAGUUGUGAAGGGAGGGGUGCUGGGGUUAAAGAUCAAGUGGGUAUCGAGUCUCAGUCUAGAGGCUUUUCAGAGCGGACUGAGAUUGUUGGACUGAAGUAUCAGGUUCUAACUUUUGCAAGCAAGGAAGGGGAUGGUACAUUUGAUGGGGCAUUUGGCAAUAGAGUGGAGGACUCUGGACGGAGGGAUCAAGUGGUGAAACCACAUUCCAGGGGUUCUCAGAGUCAUUCCCGCUCUUUGUCAGGGCAGUUUGAUGGUGGUAGUGGGCUAAAACUGAAGGAAAACCCCUCGUCACAGCUCAAAGGAGUUGAGGGUGUUCAGUUGCAUCCUCAGCCCAAGUGGAGAUCUUUUACAGGAGAAAUUGAGGAGAUUGGUAAGAAAGAAUUGCAGUCCUCAGAUAGGAAACAAACCAAAGAGGAAGAUUCUGCAGUCCUGAGCAUGAAGUUACAGAAACCUGUUUCUGCUGGUCGUGAGCCAACUAAGAAGACUCAGGGUAGUAAGGAUGAAAUUGGUCUUUCUUACGAGUACAGCGACUUGGACUAUCCUGGUAAAAAGGUUUCAGAGACUCAAGAGAGUUUCUCUACAAUCUCAACAAUGCCAUCAGAGCAAGUUCAGAGAGUUAGGCAGUCUAAGGGAAACCAGGAGCUCAAUGAUGAACUAAAAAUGAAGGCUAACGAGCUUGAAAAGCUUUUUGCAGAGCACAAGCUUCGGGUUCCCGGGGAUCAGUCUAGUUCUGCAUGGAGAAACAAGCCUGCCGACAAACAGAUGGAGCAGGCAGCAAGUUCACAGUACAGAAAACCAGCAUCAGGGGAGAUUACUCCCAUGCAAUUUCAGAACAAAAACUCAGUUAUUGAAGGGGCCGAGAGUACCAUUAAUGUGGGAAACUUAUGUACUCCAAGUCCGCCGAUGAAGAUGGUAGAUAAUCAGGAUUAUAGCGAUACUCUGAAGAAGAAUUUUUCUGAACUUAGUUUUACAGAUGAUUCCAGAGGAAAAUUCUAUGAGAGGUACAUGCAGAAAAGAGAUGCUAAACUGCGGGAAGAAUGGAGUUCUAAAAGAUCAGAGAAGGAAGCCAAGAUGAAGGCUAUGCAGGAAAACCUUGAGCGCAGCAGAGCUGAGAUGAAGGCCAAGUUUUCUCCCUCUGCCGAUGAACAAGAUCCAUUGUCUAGUGCUCAUCAGCGAGCAGAGAAAAUUAGAUCUUUUAAUUUUCGGUCAAAUAUGAAAAGGGAGCAGCACCCAGUAGAUUCCUUUCAGAGUGAAGAUGAUGAAGACCUUAAAUUUCCUGGGCAGAAAUUUUAUGGACCAGACAGGUUUUUCAGCGAGUCCUCUGUUGGGGAUGUUGCUUCCAGAAGUGCUCAAACUAAGAAGCUUUUGCCGAACAGAAGCUUCUCUUCAUCUACACCCCGCACAACAGCCAAUACGGUACCACGGUCAUCAGCCAAAGUUUCCAAUCCCAGUUCUGGAAAGCGAAGAAUGCAAUCAGAAAAUCCUCUUGCGCAGUCAGUUCCACACUUUUCUGAUUUUAGAAAAGAAAAUACGAAACCUUCUUCUGGAGUAAGCAAAACAACAACCCGACUUCAGGCUAGAAACUUGGGUCGCAGCAAGAGUACCAGUGAAGAUGUACCAACUGCUAAGGAAGAGAAGCCACGACGAUCUCAGCCCUCAAGAAAAGGUUUCAUCACUCCAGUAGAGUUAAAAGAUUUGUCGCCCCAAAACUCUGACAGUGCCGUUUUGGCUCCGUUAAAAGUUGAUAAAGAGCAGAUUGAGCAGAGCCCAUAUGAAAAACUUCCAAAGAAUGUGGAAUCUAAGCCUUUCCUCAGGAAGGGUAAUGGAAUAGGUCCUGGUGCUGGAGCCAGUUUUUCUAAGCUGAAGGCUGCAGUUGCAUCUGAGACUUUGGAAAAUGACGAAGAAUUUGAUGAAUUGGCCUUUGAGGCAGAAGAUUCGGUGGAUAUGGCUAAGGAGGAAGAAGAGGAAGAGCUGGAAACCAUGCAGGUUGACAAUCGUGCUGAUAUGAAUAAUGGGAAAAUUACACUGAGCUCAGAAUCUUACAAUUCAGCUAAUUCUGGGUCUGAAAAUGGUGAUUCCAUGAGAUCACUUUCUCAAGUGGACCCUGCUUCUGUGGCUGAAUUGCCUGCUACUGAGCCUUCUACUUUCCACAGUGUAGGGUCUUUGCAGGACUCCCCAGCUGGAAGCCCCGUCUCGUGGAACUCACGCACGCAUCAUCCAUUUUCAUUUCCACAUGAAAACUCUGAUGUUGAUGCUUUUGUGGAUUCUCCGAUUGGGAGCCCUCUAUCCUGGAAUUCUCAUAGCCUAACCCAAUCAGAGGCUGAUGCAGCUCGAAUGAGAAAGAAAUGGGGAGCUGCUGAGAAGCCUAUUGUUGUUGCUAAUUUAUCCCACAAUCAGUCUCGUAAGGAUGUCACAAAAGGGUUCAAGCGAUUGUUGAAAUUUGGAAGGAAAAGUCGUGGGACAGAGAGUUUGGUUGACUGGAUCUCUGCGACAACUUCAGAAGGAGAUGAUGAUACAGAAGAUGGGCGGGAUGCUGCCAAUCGGUCAUCAGAAGACUUGAGGAAGUCAAGAAUGGGAUUCUCCCAAGGUCAUCCUUCUGAAGACAGCUUCAAUGAGAGCGAGUUCAAUGAACAGGUGCAAGCCUUACAAAGUUCUAUCCCAGCACCUCCAGGAAACUUUAAACUGAGGGACGACCAUAUGUCUGGAAGCUCCUUAAAAGCUCCAAGAUCCUUUUUCUCGCUCUCAUCCUUCCGAAGCAAGGGAAGUGAUUCAAAGCCUAGAUAAUCAUAUCUCUGUGUGGAUUGGCCAGAGAAAUUGGAUCAUUGCAAAGGUUAGGGUGUAAAGGAAUAUCAGAUGUUUAUCUAUAAAAAAAAAAAAAAAGAAAAGGAAUAUCAGAUGUGCAAAUGCUCAAGGUAAGGAUGAUACGAAUAUUUGUAGAAGAUCUAGAAUGGACUAUGUAUAUCUUCUUGGAUUCAUGAGACCUUCCUCAUGAUUUACUCGAUAAUAUGAUAGUGUGUUAAAAUAUGUUGUAUAUGCUAUUGAAAGAAGAGUCCAUUUUUUCA